GGUAAUCAACUGGAAAAAGACAUCCCCUCCCAUAAAAAAAGGAAACAAAAAAUAACAGAAUCCCGAAAUCAAACCAAAGUCAUCCCUUCCACCAUCUCCAAACCCAAUCCAAGCCACCGCAAAUGGAGCCGUGUGAUCCCGGACCGGAGAGGGCCAUGCGCCUGUACCUAUCCCAGCUGCUGGAGACCGGCAAGACCCGCUCCUCGGGCUGUCUGGACCGCUUCCUCCUGAAGAACAUGACCAACUACCCACCGCCACCGCCACCACCACCUCCACCACCGCCAGCGUCGUCCAUCGAGGCCAAGGCUUCGCGUUGCUCGCUCUUCGAGCAGCUCCUGUGCGGCGGGAGCCGGAGGUCAGAGCGCCUGCUGGUGCCCGAUCUGGCCACCGAGUGGUUCCGCAAGCAGAAGGUCUUCCUGGACAAGCUCACCGCGGAGGAGCUGGCCGCCCUGAGCGAUGGGCUGGCGGACAGGCAGCACCCGAUGCGGCGUCGUCCGGCUCCCUGUCGCCAGCUGGGCAGGCCCCGCUGCAGAUCCCCGGCUCCGGAGGCCAGUCAAGCGCUGGAAGUAGAGGAGCCAGUGGGCAAGGUGGCCGCAUGUGUUCCCACCACGGAGCCCAGGCCGGGUAAUCCCUUCCUAAUCAGCAAUAGGCCAGCGGAGGAGAUGCGGAGCAAGAGUCCUAGGCGUGGAAGGAAGCUCCACCUGGACGCGGGGGGCCAUCGCAGGCGGGGCAGCUGCUCCUGCCUGAAGGGGCGGGCAGGGACAUCCCACGAGUGCCUCUUCCAGGCCGAUGGACAGCCCAUGGCCAGCGAGUGUUUGGCGGCUCGCCGGACGGAGCCGCUGUUGCCGCGCCUGCGCCGCAAGUUCGACUUGCGCCAGGCGCCCCAGCGGCGGCUCGAUCCGGCCCUCUUCCGCCGCAUCUCGCCGGAGUUCUUCCGCAUCCUGGCCAGCUACGAGGCGGCCAUGAGCGAGAUCUGCCCGCUUUACGGCAUCUCAAUGCAGCACUGGGGCGAGACUGCGGCCUGUUGUCCGUGUGAGGAGGCCCACUCCCACUCGAAGCAGCGCUUCCUGGGCGACGAUGCGGUGGCCACUGCCGUGGUGCAUCCCUCCUGGCCGCCACUCGAAACUCGGCAGCCAGAGAAGGAGCCGUCCACCAAGAAGCAAGCGGAGAGAAGAGCUGUCAAAUCUCAAAAGGAGCAAGUGGAGAAGAAGGCGAAGAAGCCCUGCAACAACGACUCUUGCACCAAUGAGUCCUGUCAAUUGAAGAAGGGAAUCGAAAAGGGGGCCAACGAGGAUCGGAUUACCUCCGAGGAUGAGCGCCAGGAACAAAGGCGUGGGAAGCAGAAAGACAGACAGAAACGAAGGUCGAUUUCCUCCGAGGAUGAGGAACAAGAAAAAAGACAUAGGAAGCCGGACGACAGGCGGCAACGGAGGGAGGAAAGUCAGGAGGAUGAGCAGCUUGAAGGGAGUGACUGGAAGGCAAGCCAGCAGACUGUGAAGUCUUCAAAUCCCCCGGAGGAGCGGCAGUGGCGAAGCCAUGACCAGUCGGACAGCAAGCAGACAGUCCAGUCGACCAAACCCCCCGGGAGACGGAGGAAAUUCGGCAGCUAUUUCCGCCGGCACCCGCAGCAAUAUAGGACAGCCUAUGUUCCCUCGAAUUUCGCUCCGCCAUCUGCUCAUCCACUGACUCAUUCACCUGCUAAUCCAGCUGCUCAUCCAGCUGCUCAUCCACCUGCUCAUCCAACUGCUCAUCCAACUGCUAAUCCAGCUCCUCAUCCAGCUCCUCAUCCAGCUGCUAAUCCAGCUGCUCAUCCACCUGCUCAUCAAACUGCUCCUCUUCCGCCUCACGUAAUGCCUCCCGAUUAUACUUCGGCCGAAUCCGAGCAACUUCCCAAGAGCAUUAUCGGCGGAUUCACCUGCAUGUGCAAGCGCUGCGUGGAACCGGGUCGCCACCUGCUCUACAACCUCAACGCCAACUACCACCAGAACCGGGAGAGGUACGGCCAGAUGCGGCAGAGCAGGAAACGGCACAAGAAGCAGGAGCGGCAUCCGCCAUUCCACGUGACCUCGCAGCCGGCGCCAUGCAGCUGGAAGACAUGCAAGGCGGAUUUAAAUGGGUCGCCCGAGGAGGGAGACAGCAGCACCACGCUGAGACCCUGCGUCGCUUCCGAAUGUGGAUUCCAGACUGGACAAGUGGCCCAAAUCCAAGCGGAGAGCGAACAGUCCUUGCCCUUUCGCACCCCGGCUAGCGAACGAACGUUGGUGGAAUGCAAUCAGGCCAAGUUACCUGCGGUGAAGUCUGAGGUGGACUGCCAGUGUGGACUGCCGCAGGAGACCUUCCAGCUUCCGCCCGUCAGGAGGUGCAGUUACUCGCCGGAAAAGCGGGAACAACAUGUGCUCCGGAGCACCGAGGUCCCGAAGAAGUACUCCCCCCCUGCAGACUACUCCAAGUGUGGUAAGCGAGUUCGGGCCUGCUAUUUGGCCAAUGAUUUCCACCAGCUUAUGCGACGCGUGGCCAGGAAAAGACCAUCCCCCAAAACUCGGAUCACAGGCAGACCCAAGGUGUCGGGUAAUGCCACCUCCAAGAGGAUAGGAAAAGCUGCCCAUCAAAUGGCUCAGCAUCCAUCCACCACCGACGCUUCCGUUGCCAAUCCUGCAGCACAAAUUAGAGUCCAACCCAAAUCCACUUCGAAAUCGGGUGCAAGGCGGAAACCAAAAAUGAAGGGAGCACUGCUGCCAGAACAAAGUCCCACCAAGAACUUGAUUAUUCCCCAUGCGGCCACCGAUGUUCCCAAGCUGCGGUGUCUGCGGAAGGUCACGAAAAAGAGAGUGGAGCCCAAGAAAGCCCCAUUGACCAAGAGCACCAGUUUUCUCAGCCUGGACGUUUCCAAGGCGCGAAGCGAUAUGCCAUCGGAGAGGAGCCAUCCUCAAGAGAUCCCAAGCAGCAGUCAGCCUCAUUUCUCCAGUCAAAGGGGAAACCAAACCACCUAUUCCUCCAAUCCCAGUGGAACGAAAGAGAAUUGGAAGCCUUCGUCCUCGCCGAGGUGCAUAUCUCCCAAACGACAACGGGAAGCAAAGGUCAGCUGCUCUCAGGACAGUCGUCCCAGGAACUGGCGACCUGAUCCCAAGCCAUCCAACUGGAGUUCAAACAAAAUGCGGAGUCGAAAGAGAACGCCUCCCCGCAGCUCCUCCAGCAGUUCACUGGAGCGCUCCUCGAGCGGACCACGCUACGCGUCCACGGAGGUCAGUGCAGUGAGUGACUAUUACAAGUCCAAGACGAGCUCCAUGUCAAGAGGUCCUAACACUUCGAAUACCUCCCAAUGGUCGUCACAGAAGAGUCGGGAUGUCAGGCAGAAUCCAAGGAAAAUGCAGGAUUCGAGGCAGACAGUCCUGACCAACUCCUCGUAUCCCUCGUGCUCCAAUGCCUACUCCAGUCAAUAUUCAACGAUGUGGGAACAGGAGGAUCUGAGCCAAGCCCAGUACCAAUGUUCGAGCAUGAAGUCGUCCAUAAAGAAGCCCCCGAUCCGAUGGCAGCCCUCAUUCAGCAGCGCACCCUCGCACUUGGAGACGGGUCGUCGCUACUACACGGACACACAGCCGGGGGGUGAGGGUGGUGGAUCCCAGUGCAGCUGUCGCUCCCUGCGCUCCACCAGCUCUAUCCGGGCACUUAGCUCCAACACGGACAGUGUGAGGUGUCCCUGUGCUCCCGCUCCGUCGGUGGCCAGUGUGGAGCCACCGCAGGAGGCGGGCAAUGAGGAGGAGGAGCAGGGGCAGUGCUAUUGUUACAACUAUCAACCUCGAAGUCAGGACCAACCCGUGCAUAACCCAUAUAUCCAGUCUCCGAGUCACUACGCGCAACAGUGUAACUUGGAACGGACCAAGGAUUUCGGUCAGAAGCCACCGUUUUUCAGUACUGCCCUGAGGUGGGAGCCACAGCAGCACCACCAUGCUCGCACCCAACUACGCACCCAACGCCCUCCGCCUCAGAAACACCAACAGUUAUCCUCGAGAUAUCCUCAGUACCCAGUAGACAAUCUAGCAGGACAACAACAACAAUCGAGAGAGUGGGUUCCAGAGUAUCAAACGCCUAAUCGAUGUAUAUGCAAUACCAACCAAAGAUGGGGUGACCAGGUGGAAAACACGCAGUAUUACCCAGAGAAUAACUACUCAAUGCAGGAGGUUCAAUACGAUGAGGGCCUAAGGAAUAACCCCUAUCCAAGGGAUCGAGCUGGAGCCAUAAACGCCGCUGCUCAAGGUCUUAGGGGUUUGGUAAACGCUUUGGGAGGAGUUCGGCAUAGACCGAGAUACAACCCGAAUCUCAGAGGAACCAAUCAACAACAAGGUUACCACCAAGGAAUGAUCGACCCUAGUGGCUAUAGUCAACAGUCAGUUGGUAAACAUGAUCCGAAUCCCCCGAGGCCAACAUUGCCCCCAAGGCAGGGUAGAAAUUCAGUUCACUCACAGUAUAUCUUCAAUCCUACAGUGGAAGCUGCAGCACAGGAGGCGAGAAACCACAGGGAGCAAGUCCCCACCUACAAGGGAGCAUCCAAUUCGGACUUCCUACCCAGAAACAACCACUCAAAUUUAUACGGCUACUCGAUGACGCCCCACAGAGAUGGUGAAGGGAACUACAUGUCAGUGGAGGGAAUGCCCAGCAGCUAUAAUGAAAGACGAAGCAUGGAGGGGGAACAAUCGUGGUGCAGGAUGGAAGCUGGAGCGGGUAAGGCAAGAGUAAGAGCGGAAAAAUCAGUCGGGGAAAGGAGGGGAUCUCCUAAGCUCGUUUGCUUUGGCUCUGAUAUGGAUUCCCACACCGAGUCUGCAAGCAGGAGAAUGACUUCUGUCCCCAAGAGAGGAAGGCAAACUGGAGGAGCUUGGCACCAAGUCGAUGAACCCCCUAAAACUCCCACGCCCCUGGCCAUUUUCCUGGACAAUUUGAGAGCGAAACACGCUGCCUCUGAAAUGGCAGCUAAAACGGUCACCCAAGAGCCCAAAAAAGUGGCCACCCUCGAGAAUUUUACAAAAACUAUGCUAGUGGGGAGCGAGGACACUUCGUCCGCCAGUGAUGAUGACACGGACGCGGAUGACUGUCUGGACUUAAGGCACAGGCGAAUGCGCAGUCCCUCAGAGCUGACCAUGGUCAUUCCAUCCACCUACACGGGACUCCUCGAGGAGCAAAUCCUCGGUGAGUACCUGCCCAGGCCGCGGUAUAAGCGCAGGUCAUAGGUCAAACCGCGAUUUUCUUAUCCGACGCAAUAACCUUAGGUCAGAUUGUAAUCAAAGAUAAUACAUAAAUAAAUAAAUGUGUAAAGUUUAAAGCGAGUAAUACUUUUAGUGUUAAGUUUAAAGUAGGUAUUACUUUUGGUUAAUAAUAUGCUGUUCGACAUAUCACAAAAGAGCGACGUAAAAUAGAAAGCAACGUUUCGUUUGCGUCUUUGCAAAAAUGCACCUUUACUCUUCGUUGCUCAUUUCUUUUUAAAUAUAUGUAAAUGACCUUUGUGU